CGCUAUUGUAGAACGAUAUAUGACGGGGCAAAAAUGCCCUGCGUUUCCCAUUUUCUAACCAUGCCCAACUUAAACAUGAAAGUAUCACCUGAACUAACUCACAAGACGCUGCCAGUACUGAAACUACUCUGGAUAAGGAUGGCGAUUACUGCAAAUGCUAUCUACGGCGGAUCCCUCGGAUUGGCAAAGCUCGUGCACAGAGACAAUUUCAACAUGAUGCACGAGAAAGGCACUCUUGCCUCUUGCCGCUCGCUUCAAGCUUUCAUCUCCAUGCGCCCUAAAACUGCGUUGCAACGGAUACGGCACUUCAACCACCCCGCCUAGUAGAGUUUGCCCGCUGGAUCUAGAAUGUCUCAAGAAGCUGAAAUCAUUCGCCUG